GUCAGGCGUCGGAAACAUUGCACAUCCAUACGUGCUGAGCAACUGUUUUGAUUCACUUAAACAACAAUGAUGCCUGAAUCGACAAAAGAGCAUUUAUCUGCACAAAUUCAUGAAACCUGGUUGAAAUGUAUCGAUUCUGGGGAAAUGACAUGGACAAUGGAACAACAAGAUGAUUCGUUGACAGGUUUAGAUUGGUUAAUUAAUUUCAAUCGAACUGUCAAUAUGAUUUCAUCAUUAACUGCCAUAACAAAAGAGCCAAUCGGAACUGGAGCAAUAACACAAGCGACAACAACAACAACAGCGGCAGUGAAGUCGAAUGCAUCAGCGCAGAAUUCUUACGUCAUACACCAUCAUCAUCAUCACCACCAUCAUCAUCAUCACCAUCAUCAUCAUCAUCGUCAUGGUGGUCGUCGUGACUCGCGACAACAUCUUUCAUCAUAGUACAUCGAAAAUAUGCUCCUGACACCAGUCAGGAUUAUUUCCUUUCUUAUUGCUGCCACUGGAAAGCCUUCCGUUUUAACUGUUUCGCACCACUGAACGAACAUGUAUGCCGUUGAACAAAACAACACACAGUUAACAAGAUGAUUGACUGUUGAAACAAUUGUACGUUGAUUGGUGCAUGUUUGUGUGGAAAUGUGUGUGUAUAUGUGUGUGUAUGUUUGUACAGAUCUAUUCCCCACAAGUCGCGUUAAAUGGUGGCUUGAUCCACUGAUUGAUGUGAUCAUCCUUUAUCUUCUCCAAUGUCUACGACAACUAGUUGAAGAACAUUCAAUCAUAUUUAACACAAACUCCAUUGCAUUGAUUAGUGCUUUUCAAAUACUUAUUGUUUCACUGAACUCUACUAUUAUUCUAAUGUUUUUCAAAAUAUUUUUUGCACAAACACACGUAGUUUGUAAG